UUAUAUUUGGCGCUUCUUUUAAGAGUUACCCUGAUGCAAAUGUGGCGCCAUCCUAAUUUAAUACAUUUUAACGACACUUUUCCAUAUACACAAAUGACUCUCCUUACCUCUACCCUCCAUAAUAAAAGUAUACGAACACAAAAUCAUAAUAGGUACCUACAUAACGUUCCUAUUGAUUGAAUGAAUAAAAAAGAAUAAUCUUUACUUGAAAACUGACGCCAAUUUUACCCGAGUUGUUUUACUAUGGCCACUCCUACACCAGAUAGUCAAGAUCAAUUUGACCAAUUCGAUGAUGAAGACACUGAUCAACAAUUAGGAGCAACAGCUUCAGGUAGAAAAAGACUGUUCAGUAAGGAGCUUAGAUGCAUGAUGUACGGCUUUGGAGACGAUCAGAACCCUUACACAGAGAGUGUGGACUUUCUAGAAGAUCUAGUCAUUGAAUUUAUUACAGAAACCACUCAUAGGGCAAUGGAGGUUGGUAGACCAGGAAGAGUUCAGGUAGAAGACAUUAUAUUUUUGGUACGAAAAGACCCCCGUAAAUAUGCAAGAGUUAAAGAUCUUCUUACCAUGAAUGAAGAACUCAAAAAAGCUAGAAAAGCUUUUGAUGAAGUUAAAUAUGUUGAAGACCAACAAUAAGUUUGGUGGUCGUUCUCUCAGACUGAUGAUGCAAGUAACAAAAAAUGAAUUAUUGUCACACUGCUUUUGUGUUUGCACUUUGUACUAAAAGCUAGAAUUAUUUUAAGGAUAAUGCUUUGUUUGUUGUUAAAAUCUGCUAAUAAAUGUUCAGCACAAACUAA